AUGACUUUGCCUUUGAUUAGAGAGAGCGCAGUUUUUAUGUCCCCCUCAGUGAGCGUGAGUGUGAGUGAGCUUUUAGUGAGCAUGAGUGUGAGCGAGCUUUUAGUGAUUGUGAGAGUGAGUGUGAGUGAGCUUUUAGUGAGCGUGAACGAAGGACGUGCAGAAAUUCGCCUGCUCUUUGCAGCUGCUGGUGUAAAAUAUGAAGAUUGUAGACUUGAAAAGGAGGAGUUUCAACAACUAAAAGCCAGUGGCAAGCUUCCUUUCAAUCAACUUCCCAUUCUCGAGGUUGAUGAUAAAAUUUUAGCACAGUCAUCCACGAUCAUCAGGUACCUUGGCAGGGAAAUAGGAUUUGCACCUACCAACAGUUUUGAUAUUGCAAAAGCUGAUAUGAUUGGCGAUGCAUUGACCGAUAUCUUGGAAAAGGCCUAUAAAUGGUAUAUCGAAAAAGAUGAAGAACUUAAGAAAAAGAUGACCAAAGAAUUUUAUGAAGAGACUCUACCAAGUGCAUUGAAUUUGUUGGAGAAAAUUGUCAAGUCUUCCAGUGGGAAAUAUUUUGUUACUGAUAAGCUGACCUAUGCAGAUAUCAAUUUCUUUGCCAGUAUGGAUUUGCUUUUCUCAGAUACAAAGGAUAUCCCACCCAUUUUGGAUAAUUUUCCUUGUUUAAAGGAACUUUACAAAGAAGUUCGUUACAAUCCUGGAGUUGAUGAAUGGAUGGGAAACGACCAUGAUGUUAAAUUUUCCUUCUUUUGCAAAGAGAACUUGGUAGCUUCCUCAAAAAUUUAUUUUGAUUAUCCAUUGAAUUAAUUAUCCAUUGAAUAAAUUUUCUAUGAGCAACACGUCAAGUUGUUUAUAUCUUUA